CGUUUCCGUGCUCAAGUGGGCUGGGACUCGAACAUUUCCACUAAGGAGUGGAAUAACCCGAGGAAAAAAGAGGAAGAUCACAAUGCUUUAGCCGUAUCACGCAGUGAAUCCACUACCUCGAAGCUCACGGCGUAAUAUGAACGUCAGAAACUCGGAUGCACGGUCUCGUGAAAGGUCCUGUAAGAGGAAUCCUCACGUGGACGCAGCUGGAGCAUGAAAACAUCUCAGGAUAGCGCCGCUCCUCUUUCUCCUCCUCACUGACUAUUUACAGUAGUGGUGUACCAACACACUCGCCGGUGUUUUCAGCACUUGGACUGAAUAUGUACCAGGGACAUUCACAGGAGAAAGACUCUAGGGCGGUUGCUAUGGUGCUGAAGGAGCUUCCAAGUAAGGCAUCCUCAGAUGGAAAACCCCUGCUCACCGUGACAACCAAGUUGUGUAGUGAGCAGCAAGAGAGCCGUCCGUUACUCAGCCCUUCUAUUGAUGACUUCCAGAGUGAGAGCAAGAGUGAUGGAUCCACACGGCUAGUCACCUCCAACACAGCAGUCUUGUCCACAGCACUAGACUUGGUGGACUUGAGUGAACCUUGUGAGAGAAGGUGGAGCUGGGACAGAUGGAGUCCCCGUGGGUCUCGUAAGAAUGGUUUCUCUAAGAGUAGCCUUCGCAAGAAGAAGACUGAAGAGACUGAGCUGAUCCAGGUGGAGACAGAGCCAUCAUCUCCCAGCCGUUCUAACCCAGAAAGAGCCUCAUUAGAUUCAGUGAGCAGCUCGCCCUUGGAGAAAUGGGAGGAGGUGAGCCUUCACCCAGACAGUGCCUUGAAUGGAGGGCGGAAGUGGAGAUAUGAGAGGAAGAGGUGCACCUCCAACCAUUCAUCUAGUGAGCUUUUGUGGUCUGCAGACUUUAAAACAGAUUUCUUUAACAGUCAUAGUGCCCUGGAGCUCAGCAUUAGCACGAAGUCAGACCCUGGGCCAGCCCCUCAGCGGCAGAGGCCCCAGCUGGGUGGUACUUUACUGGGGAGACAACACUCAGAGGAGGAGUUUGUUCGAGCCAAGGCUGCUGUGGAGUCAGACACUGAGUUCUGGGAUAAAAUGCAGGCAGAGUGGGAGGAGCUGGCACGGAGGAACUGGUUGGAGGAUGGUGACAGUGAAGGCCUGGUUCCGCUCAACUUUUCACCCACUGAGAAGGGUUACUACUUCCAUACCAGUAACCCUUACAAAGACUACACCAAUGCCUUUGAACAGGGGCUGCAGAAAUGCAGGGAAGGGGAUCUGAACAGUGCUGUACUACUACUGGAGGCAGCCAUCUUACAAGACCCCCAAGACUCAGAGGCUUGGCAGGUUUUGGGUACCACACAGGCAGAGAAUGAGAAUGAGCAGGCAGCCAUUGUUUGUCUUCAGAGAUGUUUGGAACUGCACCCAAACAAUCUGAAGGCCCUGAUGGCCCUGGCAGUGAGCCUGACCAACACAGGACAGCAGCCGGAAGCCUGUGAGGCUCUCCACCGCUGGAUUAGAUACAACCCAAGAUACAGACAUCUACUCCAGGACCGCAGCCCUCUAGACGGUUCCCCACUGCCUCGCCGCAGAGGGUCCUCCAUAUCCCCCAUUUCCACUCUCGGAUGCUCUCAGCUGGUGGAGGUGUUGGAGCUGUAUCAGGAAGCAGUGCAGCAGAAUGCUGAAGGAGUGGACCCUGAUCUCCAGACAGGCCUUGGUGUGCUCUUCAACCUCAGCUCAGAGUUUGACAAAGCUGUCGAUGCCUUUAAUGCUGCACUUUCUGUCCGACCUGAGGACUAUCUGCUGUGGAAUCGGCUCGGGGCCACGCUGGCAAAUGGGGACCGCAGUGAGGAGGCAGUGGAGGCCUACACCAGAGCUCUGGAGCUCCAGCCAGGUUUCAUCCGUUCGAGAUACAACCUCGGCAUCAGCUGCAUCAACCUAGGGGCACAUAGGGAGGCAGUGAACAACUUCCUGACAGCUCUGCACCAGCAAAGGAAGAGCAGGAGUCAUCAGGUGAUGUCCAGCAACAUCUGGGCAGCUCUGCGGAUUGCCCUCUCCCUCAUGAACCAACCAGAACUUUUCCAGGCAGCCACUGUGGGAGAUCUGGACCUCCUAAUGAGGGCCUUUAACAUGGAUAUGUGAUUAAACUUGGACCUGUGAUAUUUAUCAUUCACGUACAGUAGGACACAAAGUUAGGCUCAAAUGACUAUGGGAUGUCAAUUUGAUAUGCAAAGUAUGCACAGCUAAUUUUGUUGUAUAUUUGGGCAGCCUUUGCCUUCUUCAGAGGCCACUGAAGAGGGUGUUUAUAUUGCAUAGAGCACAAACAGAAUAGGUAAGUGAUGGGUUUUGAAAGUAGAGGAAUAAAUGUCAAAGAGAGUUAGAGCAAAAGCACUUUUUUCUUGAUGUUAGUUAUUUUACUGUAAUAUUUUUAAGGUUAUCUAAAAACUUUGUAUACUUUAGAAAAAUUAACCAAACCUUGUUGGGAAAUAUAAGAGGAAUUUUGUUUAGUUUGUGGAUUAGAAUAGUGUAUUAUUCCUUUGAAAAACCUAGCUAUUUAUCAUGGCCAAUUCUGAAGAACUUUCGUUCAACUUCAGUGUUUUUAAUCUGUUCAUUUUACAACGUUAAUUUAUGUCUCUCUCCACAAGGUGGCGCUUUUGUUUCGCUGAAAAGAGCAUAGCCAUAUAUCCAGUCAGUUAAGCCUCUAUAAACCCAAUGAGGCCAAGUGCAGUGUGAGGAAUGAUGCUAGCUGAAUUUACCUUUAGGACACUCCCUUUCAGGGUG